AUGGACCCCAAGGGUAACUGGGCCCAGGAUGUGUUACGGUGCCAUCUGUGUGAGACUCCGGUCCCUCCUAUGUACUGUGACAUUUGUUACAUACAUUUGUGCAAAGCCUGUGUGGGGGAGCAUCUCUCAGACGAAUCAACAGAACACAGAGUGGUGACAUUUAAAAAGCGGGGAUCUACCACGAAAUGUCAAAAACAUUCCUCAAAAAUUUGUGAACUUUUCUGUAAACAAUGCGACAUUCCUAUUUGUGUAAAGUGUGCAUCUUCUAAAGAACACAAAGGUCAUGAAUUUAUUGAAAUUGUGGAAACACUAGAAAACCAAAAAGAAAUCAUACUGAGAGAUUUACAAGAACUAGAAAAAUCCAUCUAUCCUAAAUAUCAGGAGAUUGCAUCUAUCAUCCCAGUUAUGAAAGCUGAUCUGAAUGAAAACUCCAAGAAACUGACAAAAGCUAUUGAGAAACAUGAAGAGGACUUGCGCAGAGAAAUAGACACCAUGAUCAAGAAACUGAAAUCAGAUCUUGAUGAAAUGGACUCCAAAUAUCUGACUGUACUAAAUAAACAGGAAAAUGAAAUCACCCGCACUAUUUUUGAAAUCAAACAGAGUAUUGCUGAUCUGAAGAAGUUACUAAACUCAAAUGAUAGUCCUCUCCCCCAGACAGACCGCUCAUUGAUGUACCACGGGUCAUCACAGAGAUAA